AUGCUUUCCUAUUUUUCAAGCCGGGGUGACGGGGAGGCCUCUGCUCCCCUCGUCAAUACAGAAAGUACACUGCUUGCUAGAGCCAAAGAACGCAUCAACAAACUGGAAUCUGACGCGGAACGACAGAUCGAAGAGGUCACUAGCUUGCUUGAGGAUAUGUCUUACAAGCAUGUUAAGCACGAGGUAGACGAGAUGGCCGGCAAGGUGUUGCGGGGCGCGAGCAAGGUUUUCGAAUUUGCCAAAGGCCUUGCAGAUAUCCAUCCGGCCGCGAAGUUUGCGGUGGACCUCGAGAUACAACACCAAGAGAACGAUGCACACAUCGCCGUUGUCCAUGCUACGAUGGCCAAGACUGUAUUCCACAUGAGGUUUCUCAACCAGAUCCCGGCGGACGAGGAGAAGAGAUUGAGCGAAGCAAUGAAGGUUCUAUUCUUGAGUAUGGCCAAGACCAUCGAGAGAUUUGUCAAAGUACUGUUCGCCCACCUCCACAAGUCAAAGCUUCACGAUAUCGACAAGGAGUUCAAGCAACACCGGGAGGACAUGGACGACAUGUACAAGUCGGUCGCCCAUGUGCAGCUCACCACCGUGGUCUGCAAUACGACCGCAAUUCUGGAGAGACUGAGUCGGAUCUACGACCCGGCAACUCAAGAGGCUGAUAGCUUCAUCCGUGAAAACGGCGGCGCGGAUGCGGUCAUGAAGAAUGCUAGCCAUGUGGAGAAGGUAGCUUCGCUUCUAGGGGAGAAAGCUACAUACGGCAUGAAGAGUAUCCUCAACACCGGUUUGGAUAUGCUCUUGCACAGACAUGCCUAUCGCUGCCUCAUGCCGGGCGACAGACCGAUACAUGCUUUCAAAUGCAAGGCUCGAGAGACGCUGAUCAUGCGCCCCGAUGCGACGACGUUGGUACAACUCAACGAAGGUCCACAUGAGCUCAUUGAGAACCAAGAAUUUCAGAAGUUGUGGCAGGGAUCAUUACAUGAACUCAGGGCUGGCGGUCUACGAUCAAAUGCCGAGUCUUCGUGGAAGGGAUACACGAACACUAUCAUCGUCAACUCCGAGCUCAAGGUUCCGCGGCUGAUGACCAUUGGACGCUGGAACCAUUCUGCAAUCGGUGAUAUUAUUGACGACGACGGCAGCGGCCACAUCACAGUCCUCGAAUUGAACGCUUUCUUGACCGCGGAUAAUCGCCGGCGUCCUAACUGGACAAACCCGGAAUGGUUCGCGUUCUGGGCUUGUGGAUGGUACAACAACAAUGCAUGGUACUACGGCGAGAUCGACGGCAUGAUGAGGGACCUGCAGCGUUCUGUCGAAGGCGUAGAGAUGCAGCCAGCCCACUCUUGGGACACAGUGAAAGGUAUCCUCAGCCACCUGAAGCCGCUCAUCCUCGUGGCCGAUGUCGAGGACUUUUCCGGCAUCAUCGCGGUUCCUCACCAGUUGCGCCGGCUCCAGGAGGAGUUCCGACAAUUCGAAGAGCAGACGAUCCGCAACCGUCUUCACGACUUUGGUGUGCACUUGGUGGACAAGACCUCCAUCAUGGCCGUCGUCGGCGACUCCCGUAUUGAGCUGCACAUGAUGCCGCUCUUGUACAUCCUCACGCAGCGCCUGCGCAAGCUGGUCACGAAGAUCCGCAACCAGCGAUACAUACACCACGACGAGGUCAUCGAGAUCGAGGAAAUCGCGACCUCGUGCAUCGCCAUCUUCGUCGCCUUUGACGGGCGGCUGCGCGACCUCUCCCGCGGAUGGCGCUUUGAGGCGAAGAAUAUCCCCCUGCAGGUCGACCGCUACGCCGACGGCUUGUUCAAGAAGUACUAUGACUCCCCCUGGAACUAUCGCAAGCCCUACGAAGACCUGCGCCACUGCAUCUUCGGCACCCACGACACGAUGCCGCCCCAUCUCAGGCCGACCUUCCGCAUGACGGCUUCGGCGCGUGAGAGGCUGACGGCGCGCUGCUUCCAUUGUGGGGAUUACAGGCUCCAGUGGACACGAUGGCUGCCGUAG